AAACAAGUGGAUAUGAGAUUUGGAUGAUGUGGUACUGGUAACGAUAGAGAAAGUGUAGAAACUAGAAACCCAACUGUUUCUUCAAUCCUUCUCUCUCUUCAGCCUAACCCAUAGGCUGCUAGCGGCAGCUCUUUUUUGUCGGAAGAACUCACCGCCGGCGACCAAGAAAGAGAAGCACAAGAUGACGAUGAAUAAUCAUCUAAUAGUACAAAUGAGUUUUCCACCACAAAGCUACUGAAAAUGGUGUCAUUGCAAAACACUUCAAUCCAUCAGACAUGGUUGCCAAACGCAUCUACUCAGUUUAUGCCUCAGCUAGGGUUGUGUAGGCCAUCUCGAAGAGGCAUUUCCUUUCUUGUCAGGGCGGAGCAAGCACCAGCAGCUUCAACGUUCCACCGUCAAGAUAGACCUGGAAGGCGCCAACUGCUUGCUGUUGGGGCAACAAUUGCCCCUUGGAUUUUGAUGCCUUACCAGAGUUCAAAUUCAUUUGCUGCAGAAACUAAGAAAGGAUUUCUGUCAGUCACGGACAAGAAGGACGGAUACUCGUUUGUCUAUCCCUUUGGGUGGCAGGAAGUAGUCAUUGAAGGGCAAGACAAGGUUUUCAAAGAUGUCAUAGAACCAUUAGAAAAUGUCAGUGUAAAUUUGUUCCCCACUACCAAACAGGACAUUCGAGAUCUUGGAUCCCCACAGGAGGUUGCUGAAACUUUAAUUAAAAAGGUUCUGGCUCCCCCUUCCCAGAAAACAAUGCUAAUCGAGGCAGCAGAGCAUGAUGUUGAUGGGAGAGCUUAUUAUACAAUUGAAUUCGUUGCUCGGGCUCCUAACUAUACUCGCCAUGCCCUAAGUGCAAUCUGCAUUGGAAAUGGGAAGUUUUACACAGUGUCAACGGGGGCCAACGAGAGGAGAUGGGAGAAGAUGAAAGACAAAUUGCACACCGUCAUUGAUUCCUUCCAGAUUUUCAAUGUUUGAAGUUGUAAUCACAUCUACCUGUUUCUGCUCUAGUUUUAUGAGGCUCAAUAUUUGUUUCCAACACUUUUAACAUUACAGGCUAUUCAUUUAUAAGAGCAUUUUUGCCUGAGAAAUUUAAUCA